AUGUCUGACAAGCAAGGUCUCAGCAAAUGGCGUUUCAUCACAAACGAUUCGUCCAUAGCAUACAUUCCAACGAUUCAUAAUGCGUCAUCGGGUUCCCCUGCGCUAGUUUCUUCUCAGCCUACGCUCGAAGCCUCGCCGGUCAAUGCGCUAGAACCUACCCACGGACCUUCUCCACCCGUAGCACGCACUGUUUCUUGGUACAGUCACAUAACGCGACAUGCAGUUCAGCUUACCACUAUCCUCACCUUCAUUAUCGCCAGCGUCAUACAUAUCACGCAAAGUAUGAGCAAUUACUUUCCAGGCUUCCAAUUAUAUGUUCCACCUCGUCUUCUUCUCCUCAUGUGUUAUUUUCUACACUUUCUGUGCACUAUACGCAUGUUUCUGCAUCUCGAAAACUCUCGUGCAUGUGACGGAGAUUGCCUACUUCAGCCUCCUAAUACUAUCCCAUCUUUUACCGAUCAAACUCGCAACCCAAUGAUCUCCGAAAGCGGAUUAGACUAUGCGUUAGCUCUUCGCGGGGGUGCUGUGGUCGUGGAGCUUACCUCUGAAACGAUGGGAAUUGCUCCGCUCUCUGGUUGGGAGCGGUGGCUAAGCUAUGUUUCAAUCUAUCCGGAUUCAGAUAGGGCACCCCCCCUAGCAGUCCUGGAGCAAGACAUUCAUGUUGGGUAUUGCUGGGCUUUUUCUGGACGACAUGGUCAUAUUGCUCUUGCUUUAUCGCAAGCCAUUAUUGUCACCGACUUCACUAUCUUUUACCCAAGUUCCGCCGAACUCACCUCCAAUGAACUUCAACAAGUUCCUAAGGUCAUCCAACUUUGGGCAUUGGUUGCGGAUGAAUUCCUGUCGGACUCUUUGCAGUCCACUGUGGUUCACUGGAGUAACUUUUCUAAGAAAAAUCGGAAGCCAUCCCCACUUCGUGACGAUCAAUCAUUCGAACUUUUAGCAAAUAUCUCGUAUUCACUAGAUCAAGGUAUCAAGCAAACCUUCUCGGUGGACAUGCAGGCAGUAGCAACAGCGACGACAAUAGUGGUGGUCCAGGUCUUGGACAACUGGGGAUCAGAUGUCACUUGCCUUUAUCGUAUCGCAGUUCAUGGCGUGCCCGAACUAUGA